AUGACUCAUGGAGAAGAGCUUGGCUCUGAGAUGCACCAGGAUUCUGUUGUUCUAACUUACCUAGAGGGAUUACUAAUGCAUCAAGCAGCGGGAGGCUCAGGUACUGCAGUUGACAAAAAGCCUACUGGGCAUAGUGGAGAGGAUCAAAACUUUAAGAUUUCUGGAAAUAUAUUUCCCAACUGUCAAAGUAAUGGUCCAGUUCUUAACACACAUACAUAUCAGGGAUCUGGCAUGUUGCAUCUCAAAAAAGCAAGACUAUUGCAGUCUUCUGAAGACUGGAAUGCAGCAAAGAGAAGGCGGUUGUCUGAUUCCAUUGUGGAUUUGAAUGGAAAAAAAGAAGCUUUGUUAGCUGGCAUGGUUGAAAAUGUGCCUAAAGGCAAACAGGAUAGCACAUUACUUGCCUCUUUGCUUCAGUCAUUCAGCUCUAGGCUGCAAAGUGUUGCUCUGUCACAACAGAUUAGGCAGAGCCUCAAGGAGCAAGGGUAUUCCCUCAGCCAGGAUUCUUUACAAGUGGAGAAAGAUGUAAGGUGCUAUGGUGUUGCAACUAGUCGUUUGAAGACUCUGCUGAAGAAAAGAAAAGCAAAAGAUCAAAAGCUUGACACCACUCUGCCUGAUGUAACAACGAACCUGCCUAAAGAGAGGUUUAUAGAAUCUCCACAUACAGGGCAGAAUGGGCCCAAGGUGAUGAAUGAGCCUCUCUCAUGUGCUGCAAGAUUACAAGCAGUUGCAAGCAUGGUAGAGAAAAGAUCUAGUCCUACUGCUUCGCCUAAACCCAGCGUAGCGUGUAGUCAGCUAGCUUUACUUCUUUCAAGCGAAGCUCAUUUGCAGCAGUAUUCAAGGGAACAUGCUUUAAAAGCACAAAAUGCAAAUCAGAUAGCAAGCGAGAGACUUGCUGCCAUGGCCAGAUUACAAGAAAGUGCCCAGAAAGACCUUGGCCAUUUCAGUCUGUCAAAAGGAAUGCCAAGCCAUCUUAAUGGUCAAAUGAGAUCAUCAACCAAAACAAUAACUAACAAGAGCAAUAUGGCACCAUUUCAGAGCCCCAUUGGAAUCAUUCAUUCUCCUCCCAAAAAUUUAGGAUACAAAAAUACAUUGGAAAGAAACCAUUUAAAACCAUCUCCCAGCAACAGUUUGCUUUUACAUCUUCUUAAAAGUCAGAAUGCAACUAAACAAACAAAAGGGCAAGAGCAGAAUGAGAGAUCGGGUAUUUUUGAGGACAGUAGCACACCAACUACUGUGGAUGAGUAUUCAGACAACAAUCCUAGUUUUACAGAAGAUGACAGCAGUGAUGAUGAAAGCUCCCAUUCUAACUGUCUUCCUAUAGAUUUAUCUUUCAAACAGAGGACAGACAAACAAGAUUCUGGACAGCCUGCUUCUCUAGAUAAUCUGACUCAGCCAUUGUUUCAUAAUUGGGAUCAAAAAAUUCCAUGUCUAGAGAACAGUAUGGAGAAUAAAGAAGAUAAAGACACUCCUAAAGGUUCUAAACUGAAUCCACAUCAGAAAGUAACACUGCUUCAGUUAUUACUUGGGCAUAAGAGUGAAGAUAACAAAGAGAAAGAUACAGACCCUCAGGGACCACACAGUACAGCUGAUGUGGCAAAAUUUACUGUACAAACUGGUAAAAGGACUCCUGUGAUGGAAAGUCCCAGUGCAAAUCGAAUAACUCCAUUAAGCACUCCACCUUUGCUUAUUUCUACAAAAGCAGAUUCGCCUAUAAAUCUCUCACACCAAUCUUCUCUAGCAGUCAAACGUAAUUCACCACCAUAUGCUUGCAGCAUCCAGCCAGAGAGGUUAAUGAAUCCAGCAUCUAAACAUUUGAUAGAUCUUACAAAAAAUAAAGAACUUCAAGGAACUAAACUGAACAGAAAUGAAAGUGCACAAAAUUCUGCAGCUUUCAGUGCCAGCAAGCUGUUGCAGAACUUAGCUCAGUGUGGAAUGCAGACUUCCAUGUCAGGUGAAGAGCAAAGAACCAGCCAACAGCUGCUAACAGGAAAUACAGAUAAACCUGUAGGGUUGAUUGAUAGAUUGAAUAGUCCUUUACUUACAAAUGUAUCAGGUAAAUUUGAAGAGAACAACAAAAUAUUCAAUUGUCAUCCUACACCCACUGAACAAGGACUUCCCAGUUCAGAAAUAGAAAAUCUCCUUGAAAGACGCACUGUUCUUCAGUUGCUUCUAGGAACCCCCAAUAAAGGUAAAAGUGAAAAGAAAGAGAGGAUGCUUUUAAAAGAUGAAAGCUCACAAGGGCAGAUGGAUAAGGCUUUGAGUGAGCAAAUAUUGACAGUGAAAAUAAAAACUGAACCUUGUGAAGAAUCAAAUGCUCCUCAUAAUCCAAAUGCACAGCCAAUAAGAGAGAGUAAGGGUAACAAAUUUCAAGGAAUAGCUCAUUCAGUCCAGAGAAAUACAGGUGCCUCUCCAGCAUCUGAGGACUUGAAACCUGAGCCUCUUUCACCUGAAGAUUUUUCUUUUUCAAAAAAUGGCUUGUUAAGUCGGUUGCUGAGACAGAAUCAAGAUAGUUACCCCAUGGAUGAUCUGGACAGAAGUCACAGAAAUAGUGAACUGACACUUCUAGACUCAAAGAGCCUUUGCACCAUUCCUAAGAAGAGGAAAUUUCAUACUGAGCCUUUAGAAAGUCCAUUAAAAAAGGUAAAAAGUAAUGUGUCUGAUGCUUCAAACAAUCGCAUAUCUCCUGCAGAGACAUUGUAUCGGCCUUUGCUUAACCAGCAAGAGCUGAACUUCAGCAGAAGCGAUCUUGAAUUUAAAUAUGCUGCUGGUCAUGGUUCAAAUAAUGAAAGUGAAAAUAGGAGUUGGUCUAGAGAUAGUAAAGGCUUUAAUGUGUUGAAACAACUGCUUCUCUCAGAAAAUUGCGAGAGAGAUUUUUCACAGCAUAGGAAUAAUGCAGUAACAGAGGGCAAGAAGAAAGGAAACAAAAAUAAUGUAGCAAAUAAUAAACCCGAAUUUAGCAUUUCUUCAAUAAAUGCAUUAAUGGGAAAUCCUGUGCAACCAAGCAGUUGUGUGGAUCACAGGACAUUUCAGUAUCCAGUAGCAGUGAAGAGUCCUGCUAGUUCCCCCUUCUCUGAACACUUGGGAUGUACAGUAUCUAGACCUGAAUCUGACCAAUUUAAUGUUUGCCCCAUACCCAGUGAAAAAGGCCCCAUCAGAUGGGUUAUCACAGGAAUGGACAAGGGUGAAUAUGAAAAAGACUCCCCAAGACUGACCAAAACCAAUCCAAUAUUGUAUUACAUGUUACAGAAAGGAGGCAAUUCUGUUAGUAGCCAAGAAGCACAUAAGGACAUUUGGAGUGAACCUUCAUUUAUGGAAAAUUCAACUCCUGUUACAAUAAAGGAGGAGUUAUUACCUGGCACAGAACCUAAAAUUCCUUUCCAUAAUUUAAGAAGCCCUUACAAUAGCCAUAUGGGGAAUAAAAGCUCCCAUCAACACAAUAUGAAUGGAGUAGUGAAUGGACUCCUGGAAAAAGUGCUAACAAUCAAAAAAGAACCAGAGUGA